GGUAGGGACCUAAACUAAAAUAUUAGGCAAUAGAAACAUCAUCAGAAACAUACAACUAAGAACACAUAGAUAGUGGGCACUUAAUAAAUUGUAGAUAUAUAUCCAUGUUUCGUCUUUCGAUUCCUUCGCGCGGACACGCCACCUCAAACCUUUUUGCGCCUCCUCAUUCUGGGCGCUGGUUCAACCCUCCUCAUCAGUGGACGAUUAGUGACACUUUUGUGCCUAUCUUUUUCAUAUGCUUUGCUCCCAUGCUAAUUGUUGUGUACUUGUACCACGCUGCCUACAUGCCACAUUAUUCUCAUUAUCAAGAUAAAAACUACUACCCAUCUCAGCCGUACACUAAGGAAUUUAUUCAGAAGUAUAACCGACUCGAGCGAUGGCGUUGGUACUAGAGUAUUGCUUGAUAUGAGUAAAUAAAUCUAGUUACUUAUUUAGGAGAUUCUAAGUAAGACUCAUGGCGUGUGAAAAUGUGAAAAAUCCUUUCUUUCAGGAUUUAUUUGGUUUAUUUAUGAUAUAGGAGAGGAUAGAAUUUUAUAUGGUACCAUCUCUUUUCCGUCGAAUAUAUUUUCAUGAGGCAAUAAUGAGGAUGGAGAAGAAAAAACUAAUAUAGUCGUACUAGGUUAGCAUAGUUUUAUCGUUAUAUAUUGCAGUAGUAGAAUUAGCACUAUGUGUUAUUUGUGUUUGAUUACACUAGAUUUUUUCGUUUGCAUUUACCAAAGAAGUUUUUUUAAAAAAAGUAAGAGGUUUUCAGCAUCAA